UAUUAUCACUCAAUAUAUCUGAUCAAUGUUUUCAAUCAGUAAUACAUGUGACACAAGCUAUGAAAUCAAGUGAAUUGUGGGCUUAUAAAUUUUUGGAUGCAUCGGGAAAAAUACCGGCGGCUAUACUGGAAGGUGUGUUAACCAGUUUCGGUGAUUAUGACCAAUGUUUGGCCAUUAAAAGUAGUGAACUAAUUAAUACUAAUAAUGAAGAUAAUAGUCGCCAACACAUCUAUGGCCGAUAUUGUCUAAUCAGACCAUACGUACAAAUCAAUGAUUAUCGUAUCAUUGAAGAUAUUGCCAAAAAAUAUUUGCUAACUAAUAAUGAAAACUAUUUUAAUCUAACCAUAGGAGACAUUAAAAAACAUUUAAAUACAUUAAAAAUUUUAUCCACAUUAAACUUAUUGUCAAAUAAUUUUUAUUUAUUUAACUAUGGCUUAUGUAUACCAUCUCAAUGUGAUAAACAUGAUAUUAAAUCGGCGCUAAACAAAUUAGUAAAUCCGAUAAUAAACUUGCCAAUAGAAAUAGGACCAAACAAAUGUGAUACUGUUACCGAUACCAUUGAAUUAAAUCAAUUUCAAUUAGUAAUAGUUUUUGUACUGAAUCUCAUCAAAGAUAUCAAAUAUUUUUGGUUACGUAUAUUUUUCUAUCGUGACAUGGUCGUAUUUUUGAGUGGUGUUAUCAUAUCGUAUGACUAUUUUGGUAAACAUCAGUCAAUACCUGUAACUGUUUGGCAAUAUAUGAAAUUUGUUGCGGAAAAAUGGUUACGAUUUAUGCCAAAAAUGUUUGCACCGAUUAUUGUCAUAACAAUAAUGUCGAUGAUAGGCAAUGGACCGGGAUGGCAUAUUGGUCGGGUACAAUUUGUAGAUGCCUGUUCACAAACAUAUUGGCACAACCUAUUGUUUAUGACAUUUUUGGAAAAUGAUCUAACUAAAUCUUGUAAUCAAAUGUCAGGUGUUAUUUCAAUGAUAUUUGAUUUGCAAAUAUUGUCGCCAAUAUUUAUGUUACCGUUCACAAAGUCACCAAAAUUUGGCUACAUUUUCAAUACACUGGCACUGAUACCGGCAUUUGUGGCCAAAAUAUUACCAAAUGUAUUGUUUGGCACAAAACUGAUACCCUAUGAAGCGGCUGAUAGCUAUCUACUCGAUAAUAUGCGUUAUUCAGUAUCCAGGUCAAUUAUAUAUCCCGAUCAAUAUUUAUCAUUGUUUAUCAUUGGUAUUAUGUUAGGCUAUAGUUUAAGGAAUCGACAUAAAUACCGGUUCCUGCAAUCAAUUUACCGAAACAUAUAUCUAAGAUCAUUGUCGGCAAUGAUUUGUUUGUCGACUUCCCCAAUCUAUAUCUAUGGUAUGUUUUCGGCAUAA